AGUGAAGGUCAGUUGUUCCGUGACGUGCAGCUACCAUCUGAGGUCUUGGUGUUUAUUCCAGUUAUAUCCUGAAUCUGAUCAGCUGUAGCAUCAUGAAUCUGUGGAUCAUCAGUCAUUUCCUGGUAGCGGGACUGUUUCUGAGCAGCUCGGCUCUGACACCUGAAGAAUGCCAGCCCUUGGUCACGCCUUUGUCUCUGGCUGACCCCUCCAUGAUGUACGGCAGGUGGAACUCCAUUGUGCUUUACACUGAUAAUGAAGCAUAUAACGCCAUGGGGAAGGUAAGCCAGAGCUCCUGGAUGAAUAUCAUCGCGUCACCAUCCAGCCCCAAUGAAGUUGUUAUAUCUCAGGAGGACAAGAUGAAUGGAACCUGCUAUGCCUCAAAUGUCAACGUAACUAUUGACGGCAACACUUUAUCAGCAUCAUUCGCCAACGUCACCUCGGUGUUCCACCUGCUGCCGAGUUGUGACGGCUGUCUGCUGUUGAGCGUCAACAGCACCGCCACAAACUUCGAUAAGGUACUUCAGAAGAUGAAAUUCAACGUCAACGUUACAGGGGAGGAGUUCCACGCUUAUGCUCUUUGUCUGAUGGCCAGAGAGUCGACCGUGAAGGACUCGGACAUGGAACGUUUCAAGCAGCAGGCGAGCUGCCUCAGCUUCUCCAGAGAACCAGACUUCCUCUACGACCCCAAGAACGGUUUCUGUGCUGAAGGCGAGGGCAUUGAUUUGUCAGUAUUGUUAAAUUAAGAACAACUUUCAUAUGGCAAGUCGUUUUAACAUUUAAUAUCUAGACAGGAUAUUCAUUAGAGAUAUCUGCAUCGUCAUUUUGACUAGUCAAAACUCUAAUGUUAAUUCUGGAUAGUCAAGCUUAGCUAUGAAAUGUUAAAAUGGCUUACCAUACUUUCAUGAAUAUUUCAAACUGAAACUGAGGAAAUAAAGAGACAAAAAGUGACUCAAAACAUCAAAA